UGCAGUCGUACGCCGCCCUGAACCACAUGACGUCACACAACCUGGCCAUCGUGUUCACUCCGUCGCUCUUCCACACGGAGGGGAAGAGCGGCGCCGAGGGGCUCGUGCUGGAGCACCUCGUCGCCCACUACCCCUCCCUCUUCCACGUGAGCGAGGAGCAGCUCCGGGCCCGGCAGCAGGAGACCGACCUCAUCGUGCAGAUGACGAGCUCCAGUUGCCUCAGCAAGGAGCGAGCUGGCGACAUGAUUAUCGAGGUUUACCUGCUGCACAAAGACAGCGACAGCUGCCUGAGUCUCCAGGUGUCGGCGGCGAUGACGGCGCAGGAGCUCACCGAGGAGGUGCUGGAGAUGAGGCCUGGGGCGGAGACGGGGGGGGUGGCGCCCUGGGCCACCUUCGAGGUGAUCGCGGGGGGCGAGCUCGAGCGGGCCCUGCACUACCGGCAGCGCGUGCUGGACACGGUGCUGCAGUGGCGCCUCCACGCCGACUUCCAGACGCACUACCUCAUCGUGCGGCCUCACCCCGCCGCCAGCGCCAUGCAGCACUACCUGGAGCGGUGCGGUGCGGCGCUGCGCUGGGAGGGGCUGGUGCGCCUGCGGGAGGAGGCCACGCGCCUCGGGGAGCUGCUGCCCGUGUCGCGCUUCCACGAGAAGCUGCUGGUGGUCAGCGCCGGCGUCGCCACCGUGUACCGCGACGCGCGGGCAAGCCGGGCUGACAGGGAGUGGGCUGUGUCUUCUCUCACCGUCUACCGCGGAGUUCGCAAGAAGCUGAGACCCCCCACUGAGUUUGGUGUGACCGUGUUCCAUGGGCGCCAGCAGUGGUAUCUGUGCUUUGACAAUGAGGCGGACUGCCUUCACUGGCACGCGAGCAUCUUGCACACGCAGCACGACGGGGACCUGUGGGGGGCGGCGCGGGCAGCGGGGGGAGCGGCGGGGCGGGGGGCCGCCGUGCGCCGCGUGGGCAAGCGCUCGCUCGUGCCGCUCCGCGGGGAGCAGAGCGAGAUCCGGCGCAGCCUCGCGGCACUCAGCGCCGCCGCCAGCGCCGCCAUCGCCAGCCCGGAGGCGUGAAGACCACGAUGCAGACCCCUGGAUCCCUGGACUCACUCCCUCCGCCCUGGAUCUCAAUCGCUCAACCUGCGUCUUAUCCAACUCGUGGACAUUUAAAAAAUCGCCAAGUGAACCUCAGAAAUACUUUAUAAAAAAAAGUUUUAAAAAAACUCAAAACGGGGCCACACGGCCCCAGUAUUGCAGAGCUGCCCCGAUUUUCCUGGGGCCUGUUUUGAAAAAAAACGAAAACCACUUUUUAUUUCACGCAACUGAGCUAAACAGCUCGUUUCCAGAAGGGCUAUCACAAACGACGGCGAAACGAAGGGACGUAUCGUGUGGAAAUGUAUAAACAGCAGCCAAAUCCUCUGAGAUGCGUUACGUCGAUUGUCAAUGUGGAGGGGAAAACCGUAGGAACCGGAGAAAAAUCCACGUGACCACGGAGAGAGAGACACGAAAACUCCAAAUAUACAGCAGCAGGCGUCAGGGUCGGGAUCGAACCCACGACCUCCUGUAGACCAGGCGAGGUAGUCAACAUCUCACCACGGAGAGAGAGACACGCAAACUCCAAAUAUACAGCAGGCGUCAGGGUCGGGGUCGUACCCACGACCUCCUGUAGACCAGGCGAGGUAGUUAACAUUUCCUAGCCACGGUGCGGGCCCACGGUCACGGACCGGUGGUGCGCAUUCUCACUUAGGUCAACUUCGGGCGCGGCGUUAAAAAACAUUUUUUUGUAACUAUUUUAUUUUAACUUUUUUUUUGCACAGCCGCCGAAAAAGUUUCGUUGUCGCGUAAAACGGAGAGAUGGAGCAGCAAUUGGCAGCGGAGAGUGGGAUGAUGAUGGGGGGGGGGGGGGGGUCCAAGACUGGGCAUUUGUGAAAAAGCGCUUCAUAGCUCAUCGGAUUUCUCCAGCGUAAAACUUGUCCUCGGCACAGGAAUGUGCCCCCCGUGGGGGAACGGAGACCCCACAAAGGUAAAGAUCCCCCGUGUAGCCUUCAACAGGCUGUCGGCACGGGGGACGGCGUUGGGGGCGAUAUCGCCACCGCGCCGGCUGGACUCGUGUGGAGCGGAACAACGCGGAGGGAGAGAGAUGUUUACAUUUGCGUUCAAACUUUAGCGGCACCGCGGAGUCGAGAGGGGUGUGGGGGGGGGGGCCGGUCAGAGGCGUGCGGUCUCCCCCCUUCCACGGCACUCCACUUAAACUCUGGGGCCUCGGUGCUGCGGUGAUUUCCAAGAGAGGCCGGGGAAAACGGUGGCUUUUUUUGUGCGGCCGCGUUUUGAAAAUAAAACACCCAGGUGGAAUUAUACCCCCUC